AUGGGACCACGGAUAUCGGGUCCCUCGCGGGGUCCCUCGCGGGGCCCCUCGGUUCGACCAGAGACGCCUGAUGUUGGACGAGCCCGUCGGUCUGAUAGACUUACCAGGCGCCGAAAAGCAGCUCAGGCUGGCGAGGGUGUCGACCAGCCUACCGACUCGUGCUCGACCAGUGGUCAGGGUAUCGAUGACCAGCAGAACACGGUGUUCAUAGACCAGGACAUCACUCAGACGAAGGCACAGACGCAAAAGAAAAACAGCGAAAGAUCGAAGGCAAAACUGAAGAAAGCAGAGGCACAGGUUGACGAAAAGACAAAGGAAAACAAGAAUCUUUUGAUGAGAAGUGAAACUCUGAGGGAGGAACUCAUGACGGUGAAAGCACAGCUUGGAGUAACAAAUAAACAAAACCAAAUUCUAGCUGAAGAGCGGGACAAUGUGUUGAGAGAGGUUGAGAAGUUGAAGAUGGAGAAAGAUGAGCUGGAGCUGGAAAACAUUUCGACCUCAACCACCUCUUUCCAGGAAAGCUGCACAGAUUACAAGCAACAAAUAAAAAACCUUAAGAAAAGUUUAGAGACUGCUAAUAAUGAAAUCGUGAAGGGAGAGACAACUAUCAUAAUCCUGGAAGGGGAGAAGGAAGACCUGACAGACGAGUUGGAGAAGAUGAAGAAACAGAAGAAAGUUAUAUCCUCCUCCAGGCUUUUUAAGGAGGAACCACGGUGCCAAUCCCGUCUUGAUGGAGAUGCAAUGACCGCAGCUGAGAAGCAAAUAAAGAUGCUAAUUGAAGAGCGAGACACAGCGAUGAGAGAGGUUGAGAAUCUGAAUAGAGAGCUGGAGAACACUCCUGGUACCUCCUCCCAAGGUUCCAUAGCAGAUCGUAAAUAUGAGGUCAGGAUGAUGGAGAAACAAUUGGAGGAACUAUUUUCUGAAGUGCGAUCCAUCGCCGGUCUUUCGGAGGAUGUGUCGCGGAUGGACUCGGCUGUGAAGCUCAGGGAGGCAUGGCAUAGGCAUGAGAGCCGCUACCAAAAACUGCGUGAUAGAGUCGAAGGAAUCAACGAUAGAAAGAGGGCUGCCUAUGCCAAUACUCAGCUUUUGAGGGAGGCCAUCGAAAAGCUUCUAGAGGUCAAACCAGGCACGAUGGAGAUCACCGACCUCGUCGAGAAGAUACAAGACAUCGAACAUUUCUACGCACUCAAGAUCGACAACGUCAAUGCCAAACUCGAAGCUAAACAGCAGUCUUCCAAAGAAAAGCUUCAGAAAAUUCGGGACAUUUGCCGGGCUUCAGCUACGGAAAUGGACAUCAAAUUCAAGAAGAAGACCAAAAUCCCAGAGUUCCUUGCUCUAUUCAGUAGCGUAUGGAACAAACAUCAGGGGCUAUUGACGUUAUUAGACAAGAAACUUCUUGAAAGUGAUUGCAGAAUUGAAGAGCUAGAGUCCGCCUUAGAUCAGAUGAAGGAAGAACUGGAACAGACCACAACUUCUAAAGAAAUCAAGAAAAAGAAAAAAAGACUUCUCAGGACGAUCAUUAAUACGAUGGUACCAAAACAGACCUCAGACGAGAAAGUGAAUCAAAUCAAGGACCAAGCUGAUCAGAUACGCCGUCUGGAGGCCGUUCAAGAUUCUAAGUACCGACAAGACCAUGAAGUGGUAGCCCUUCAUCGAGAGAGUAAUGCCAUCAGACAAACCAACAAUGAUCUUCAGAAGAAACAACAACAGCUAGAGGAGGUCGUCAUCGACCUCAAUCACCGUCUCGAUCAGGAGAAGCACACCGUCCAAGAACUUCGCCAAAUCAUCCAAAUUAUAGAGGACGGUAAUCGUCCUGGGCCUGAAGAGGAACCACAACACAACAUCGAGCAGCACAAGCCCGAUGAGGUUGUUUGGCCUUCAUCUCUUGUAUAA